AUGGAAGCAGCAAACAUAGUUUUAUCCCCUGCUUUGCAAGUGAUCUUUGACAGACUGGCAUCCCCAGUCCUACAAAAGGCUGCUGAUUUCUUGGGUUUUGAUGACAACUUCCGGGGCCUACAACAUGCCGUGGAGCGGGCUCAAGCUACUCUUGAAGAUGCAGAAGAUCAACAAUUCACCAGCAGAGCUGUCAGACUUUGGUUGUCAAAGCUCAAGAAUGCAGCUUAUGAUGCUGAAGACGAUCUGCACUACUUGACUGUUAAAGGAAUGAGAGGGGUUCUGAACGAUCUUGGUGACACGAUGACGAGAGCAGGUAUGAUGUCUUUUCAACUUGGAGACCUUAUGCAUGCUACCCAAACUGGUGCAGUGCUCCGGGCGUUAGAAGCAACUAUAAAUGAGGGGCUCAGUGAAUUUAAUUUUAAAGCGCCCAGUAUGGUAGAUGGUCGAACUACCAUAAGCGAGACAAGUUCUUUUGUCAUCGAGUCAGAGAUAUAUGGAAGAGAAGAUGACAAAGAGAAGUUGGUCAAACUGUUAAUAUCUUCUGAAGCUUGCCAGGAAGGAUAUGCAACAUGUAUUUCAAUAUUUGGUAUUGGAGGAAUUGGUAAGACCACUCUUGCUCAAUUGGGAUAUAAUGAUGACAGGGUAAUCCACCACUUUGAUGUUAGGAUGUGGAUUUUUGUCUCUGAUGAUUUCAAUGUUAAGAAGAUCAUGAAAGCAAUUAUUGAGUCUGCAACUAAGGAAGAGUGCAAGAUGAUUGGGACAAACUACGACCUUUGUUCAGAGGGGGUGUUGAUGAAUGCAAAAUCAUUGUCACCACCCGCAAUACAAAAACCGCAUUCAUGA